UCAUCAGUGAGCAUUCGAUACGCAGAGUGCAAAGAUGGCCCAAUCCAGAACUAAACACUAUGGAGUGGCCCUGUGCCUAAUAAUUUCCCUCUUUAUGGGAUCGUCAAGUGCUGUGUGCUGCUCGGAGGGCGACACAAAAGUGGAUGCGGAUGAUUGUACCAAGUAUCUGAUCUGCUGUCACGGCGAAUUUGUAUCCAAGUCGUGUGCAAGCGGAUCCUAUUGGAAUUCGGAGUUAAAUAUCUGUGUCGUGGAUGAUGGUCAAUGCAGACCUCCAACCUGUGUGGAUGGAGAAAUUACACCGAAUCCAGAUGACUGUGCCGGCUAUUUAGAGUGCGUGGACGGAAUCAUAGUGAUCCUGACCUGUCCAGAUGGCGAUUACUUCAAUUCGACCCUAAAUCGGUGCGUUGAAGAUACCUGCGGCGUGUGCAACGGAAAUGGAACGACAUGCACUGAUGGCGAACUUAAGGUGGACCCCACCAAUUGCGCAGGCUACUUGGCUUGCUCGAACGGUAACUGGGUGAGCAAGCAGUGCGCUGACGGAGCUUACUUCAAUGCCAUACUGGAGACUUGUGUACAAGACGACGAGGGAAUAUGCGUCAAUUGUAAAGAGGGAUCUACAAAACCCUUGGCCGACUGUACCAUGUAUGAGAUCUGUUCCGGUGGCAAGUAUGUGACCAAGUCCUGCGACAGUGGUUACUACUGGAACAGCCAAUCAGAGGUCUGCGAUGUGGAUAAUGGUCAGUGCAAUGGAAAUGGAACGACAUGCACUGAUGGCGAACUUAAGGUGGACCCCACCAAUUGCGCAGGCUACUUGGCUUGCUCGAACGGUAACUGGGUGAGCAAGCAGUGCGCCGACGGAGCUUACUUCAAUGUCACUCUGGAGACUUGUGUACAAGACGACGAGGGAAUAUGUGUCAAUUGUAAAGAGGGAUCUACAAAACCCUUGGCCGACUGUACCAUGUAUGAGAUCUGUUCCGGUGGCAAGUAUGUGACCAAGUCCUGCGACAGUGGUUACUACUGGAACAGCCAAUCAGAGGUCUGCGAUGUGGAUAAUGGUCAGUGCAAUGGAAAUGGAACGACAUGCACUGAUGGCGAACUUAAGGUGGACCCCACCAAUUGCGCAGGCUACUUGGCUUGCUCGAACGGUAACUGGGUGAGCAAGCAGUGCGCCGACGGAGCUUACUUCAAUGCCACACUGGAGACUUGUGUACAAGACGACGAGGGAAUAUGUGUCAAUUGUAAAGAGGGAUCUACAAAACCCUUGGCCGACUGUACCAUGUAUGAGAUCUGUUCCGGUGGCAAGUAUGUGACCAAGUCCUGCGACAGUGGUUACUACUGGAACAGCCAAUCAGAGGUCUGCGAUGUGGAUAAUGGUCAGUGCAAUGGAAAUGGAACGACAUGCACUGAUGGCGAACUUAAGGUGGACCCCACCAAUUGCGCAGGCUACUUGGCUUGCUCGAACGGUAACUGGGUGAGCAAGCAGUGCGCCGACGGAGCUUACUUCAAUGCCACACUGGAGACUUGUGUACAAGACGACGAGGGAAUAUGUGUCAAUUGUAAAGAGGGAUCUACAAAACCCUUGGCCGACUGUACCAUGUAUGAGAUCUGUUCCGGUGGCAAGUAUGUGACCAAGUCCUGCGACAGUGGUUACUACUGGAACAGCCAGUCAGAGGUCUGCGAUGUGGAUAAUGGUCAGUGCAACGGAAAUGGAACGACAUGCACUGAGAAUGAGGUUAAGGUGAAUCCUGCGGACUGCGCCGGAUACCUACAGUGCAUAAACGGAGUCUUUGUGGCCAGGAAGUGCUCCGCUACGCAGUUCUUCAAUACCACACUGAAGGAAUGCGAGGUCGACACAGAGAAUGUGUGCAUUCCCAAAACCUGCGAUCCCGACUGCUGCGAUGUGCCCAACAAUUCCAUCUGGCCCGUGGAGAAAAAUUGCUCCGCCUUCUACCAGUGCGUAAAUGGUAACAAAUAUGAGCAGCGGUGCUCCAACAACCUGCAAUACAAUUCAAUAAUAGAGCAGUGCGAUUAUCCCGAAAAUGUUCAAUGCGACGAUGGAUCUGCACCGCCAAGUGGUCCGAUUGCCGGACCCUCGGGAACUUAUUGCGAGAGCCACGGACGAUGCGUUGGCCAGCGGGAUGGUACCAUGUUCGCCGAUGCCAGCGGAGAUUGUAGUUCUAAUUAUGUAGUCUGCCAGUGCGAGUGUGAGGUGAACUUCACUUGUUCCUCUGGACUUUUGUUCAAUUUGCAGGUCAAAUCCUGCGAUUGGCCCGAUAAUGUUAAGUGCUAAGUGGUUUCAAUAAACAAUAUUUAAAGCAGAGUAUUAAAC